UGAUGCUCUACAGACAGACAGAGACGGAAGAAACGGCACUAAAUACAACCAAACAUCUACAACGAGGCUUAUGUCACGCCUGGCUUUAAAACCAUUCCCACAUUGUGGCAAGCUGGGGUCUGCAUUUUGUUGUUGCUCCUCACGGUGGGAAAGUAGUGUGGUGUUGAUGAAAACAUGAGCAAGCACGCAGCGACUGAGCCAAAACACCCGAGAGGCAGAAAGCAGCCAUCCUCACACGAGGCUGAAACAAACCGACGACGCUUUUGGCAAAGUCCUUGAGGACCCCCUCCUCCGUCUCCUUCACCUUAAUCCAGCCUUGAGGAUACACUGUCAGUCCGUAUAACUAGACUACUUUAUUCAACCACAUGAACCGGUGGGCCUGACGGAUUUUGGAAUAUCUCAGCGAUUACGAAAGAAUUUUACUUGGAUCCGGGACAAAUAAGAGUAUCAGCAGCGGUGCUUCGGGGCGCGAUACGGUGCUGCAUGCCACGGGCUGAUGUUCUGGCUGGCACGCUGAGUGACAGCUGGAGGUGAGAGAAGAAGAUCCAGAAUAAUCUCACUGUCAAUAAAAAACUAAGAGCUGAGGAAUGGAGGGAGAAGAAAAGAAGCGCGGGACAAGCAAGCAAACACUUGCCUUCAUUCUCCCGCAAAGAAACAGAAAGGAAAAAAAACAAAACAGGCGUAAUGUUUUUAGACGCAAAAUAUUUCCUUUAUUAUUUGCGCCCCAGUUUAAUUAAAAUACAGCCUUGAAUUUUUUUGUUAUGUUAUUUCACUUUAUUUGAGAUUUUUGUGCAAUAUUAUUAGGCCUACUUUAAACGAAUAGAUUUAAUGUACAUUUUUAAACUAAUUUGGUCUCUGCGUAAAGAGGACAAAAGAGAAAAAAAAACCAUUUCGACUGUUUGGUAAUUUAUUUUUUACUCCAAGUGGAAGCGUAAAUGCUUAGUUAAAUGAAUAAUGAUAAUUAUUAUUGUAAUAAAAGGGAAAAAGAGAGAGAACAUCUAAUUCGUUCCGUAUUUCCCGGACGAUUUGAAGGUCACGCUGGCCUCAGCUGAACGGAUCAAAUCGGACUCGCACCUUGUUAAAAGGAAGCAGAUUUAAGAUCAAACGGCCGCGCUUACAUCGGGUUCCCGAGGAUGACGAGAGGAGAGAGAGGAAGAAAUGAGUUGUGACAAGUCUCGUGGUUCAGCGGCUCUGUCAAGUUGAGCCGUGAUGCGUCAACCCGGUGAAUCACCACCAUUUACUGAAGAGGAGGAGGCGGAUAACGAAAGAAGAAGAAGGAGAAGAAGAGACAGUGAUGUGAAGGAGGGGAGGAAAUAAGUGGAAAGGGUAGAAAAAGAGGAGGAGGAGGAGGUACAAAAAGGCUCCGCCGUCAUUCAGUCUGUCGCACAGACCACACGCACCAUAGUCAGCGGAUCGUUAAUAUUUCAACUGAAUGUAACAAAUAUUUCACUUUAAAUGACUGGAUCGGCAUCACCUGUGUUUCACUUUAUCUUCUCCUGAGCAGAUUUUAUUGAGCCGAUUAGACGAAAAAUAAGAAAAAGGUUUGCGGUUCUGUUUAAUCUCCAAGAGGAGAGAGGAGAUCAUUAUCGGGUUCUUUCUGCGCUUAGUGGAUGAACUUCUGAGAGCGCACCGACGUGGAUAAAAGGAUUUGAGGAAAAUGAGGAGAUUCUGCGGAGAGUGUGUCCAGUGCCAAGAGGAUCAAUUUGAAAUUCACCAUGAACAAACUCCAGAGGAAGGAAUCUCAUGAGGGAAGGGAUGGGAAAAGUUUGCACAUGUGUGUGUGUACUUGACUAUGAAAAGUCGAGCACCAGCUCGUCUUGCUAUUGGCCGCUGCCAUGGCCACCGCCGGGGAUGCUCUCCACAACCUGGCCAGCGAGAGGAGUUCGAUACAGAGCACCUAUGAGCUCACCAAGUACCUGGAGUAUCAGCUGAAAGAGAUCAAAGACGUAUAUCUGACCUAUCUUGGCCCUCCAUUUAAUGACAAAGACUUCUCCCCUCCGCGGCCCAACAGCACAGCUCUGACACUGCCGAGUGCUGCCACUCGAGUGGACCAGUGGCACCGCCUGGAGAACAAAGCACGACUGGCCCAGAACCAAAAGGCCUACUCUGUCCUUCUAGGAGCUGUCAGGGAGCUGGCCCGCUCAACCCUCUGCCCCUCACUCAAGACCUCCCUCCUGCACUUCUGCAUGGGUCUGGAUGGACUUCUGGGUUCAAUAUCUGCACUGAUGACCGCGCUCGGUGACACAAAUCCUACACAAACUCCAAACAUGAGAGGUAACGCUGGUGAGCUGCAGUAUUUGCAGACGGGGACAGGAGGUGGCCGACCAGCUCCGCUCAUGAGCCAGAACCUGUACAGAUCGAGAGCCGGAUCUAGAUCGGUGUCUGGUCAGCGUAGUGGCCAAAGAAGAAGUGGGACAAAGUUAGUCAGAGGAGUUAAGGAAGAUGGUGUCACUAAGGAGCUGACAGAAAAAAGAAGAGGAAAAGAGGCAAGGAGAGCAGAGGCAGCCAGAGGAAGGAGUAGCGGAUCGAGGGAGAGGGCAAGGGGAGAAAGACGGAGAAGAGAGAAGAGGGAAGAGCCAGAGAGAGGAAAUUGGGCAGCCAGUGCAAAAAACGCAGCAGGAAAGGAGGAAGAGGAGAGAUGGGUGAGGAGGAGAAGGCUGUUAAGUAUAGCUGAGGAUGGAGAGGAACAGGAGAGGCAGUUCGAACCCGGGUUUGAAGUGUCAUAUGUGGACACAAAAGGCUUGGGAUCUCUUCAACAACAAACAGAAAACCAACAAGGAACCAACGACCAUCAAUACAGCUACAAUCUGAACGCACAUCAUCCAGACACGCUCAGAGCGGAGGAUGGAUUCAUUCUAGAGGGGAGCAGAAGGUCAGAGGAAGAGGAGGACAAGCAAGCAUACGCAGAUGCUACCUCCUCUUCCUCCAGUGGAUAUCUGAAGCAGCGUCGGUCUCCUCGCUCCCUCCUCUCCCCGACUCUCGAACCUCCUCUGUCCACACUCUCCCUCCUCUACCAAUUCGGAGCAGGCAAGGAGCACACCCUCCUCCCCCAGCCUGUCCCUCUAUCUUUACAAAGGGGCACCUCCCUACUCUCGCCUCCCUUGAAUCCGCUCUUCACCUCCUCCUACACCUCCGCCUCCUCUUCCUCCCCCUCAUCUUCCCUGCUGCCGGCACGGACGACAAUGAACGACUUUACCAGGAAGGUGGAGGGUUUCUGGAUACUGCGAGAGCUUCAGAGCUGGCUGUGGCGAUCGGCGAAGGACUUUAACUGCCUCAAGAAGAAGCUCCGAGGCUGAGGCACCGAUAAGACUUACACGCACGCUCACAAACACACACAGACACACAAAAGUGCAGUAUAUCGGCAAUUAUUUGCACAAAAUCUGAGUGGAAUCAAACCGACGGAUUUAACAGACAAAAGCACAUAAACACAUGCAUUCAUACCGUACUGGAAUAAGUGAAUGAAGGACUGUUUGGCAGGUCACCAGAAGUGCUAAUGGAAUAUAAGACACACAAAGCCAACACAUUACCAGCACUGUCACCCGCCUAAUGCACAUAGCUGCUCAUUGAGCGAGACACACUGAGGCUGGGCUGAGUUACCGGACUUCACGGCUCAUAGAUCAACAGAAAUACCACUGUAGGUGGUUAGACACACACAUGCAGACGAGGGCAGACUGAGUGACAGGCGGUGAGACAGACAGUGCCUCCAUUGAGUGAAAACUGAUUCAGUGACCCCCAGAUGUGUGAAUCAGCAAACAUUCAUUUUCUCUAAAGGAAGAAGGGAAAAAUUCUGAAUGGGCAAAAGACAAAAGGGGAGGAAAAAUGGCCAGAGGGAUGAUGGGGGCGCAGAGGAGGAGAGAAAGAGGCAGAAAAGGAGAGGAAGCUGAGUCAGUGGGAUGACUCUGGAAAUAACCAGCAGAGCGGUACUGCUGCGUAAUCACAAGUCAACUGGUCAGUUACAGUAACCCUACAAGAGCGCUACACAUACUGCCCGGACACAUACGCACACGCACGCUAAUUAUUGUGGUGUUUCCUGCCUUAACACACUAUUCACUUUUAUCCCGUCAAUUCAGCUCUUCACAUAUUUCACUUCACAGCAAGAGAUGUUAAUAACAUUUGAGACAAAGCAAAGAAAUACUUCCACACUACACUGCAGUGGAAAAUAUACUGUGUUGCUUCCUUACAGGAAGCUUGAUGAGAACAUCUAAACCACUGUCAGAUUUGUACAAUAAUAUGAUUCUAGAGCCAGCCUUCAGUCAGCUUUCUUAAGCAUAAAAACAGGGUAAAGAAAUCUACUAACCUGCAACUCUAAGGCUCACAUUUGAAUACACAUUUUUAAUGUCUAUUUUUUUAAGCCCAGGUAAAUAUGUAAAAUCACCAAGUUGCAAACCAGCAAAGCCUACAGGUGGUCUCAAAGUCUUGAAUAAAAUGUUGCAUAACUUCAGCAUCCAUGUAAUGCCACAAAUUGUAAUUUGUAUAUGUAUUUUAUAUCAAACGAGACUUAAUUUAGUGUCAACAUUUUGUCCCUGUUCUCAACUUUCAUUUAUGCUUCUAAUGUCUUGUGCCAUAGCUAUAGCAACUGAUUGUGCUUUCUCAAACGCAAACAGAAAAAGACUUAAAAGUGGACCCAUUAUGCUUGUCUUUAUUUUAUUUUAUUUAUUUUCAUACAUGGAUGUCUGUGCAAAAGUCUUGCACCACCCCUUACUUCUUUAUAUUUUGCUUCCAAGAACGCAGCUUUUGUGAUUUUUAUAGUGGUCUCAAGCUUCCUGGCUUUUUAAAGGUCUUUCAGAUUUUUCCUUUGCACAUUGGAGGAAGCUGAAGAAGUGGAGGAUAAAAAAGAAGUGGUGGAAAGGCUAAAAACUAGAAGAUAAACAGUCAUGCCCUUAAGAAAUAGAUGAAAUGAAGCAAAGACCCGACACAGGACCUGAGGGCUGCAUCUAAAAAAAACACAACGUGAAACACUAUCAUGGAUUGGCCUCCUCAGAGUCUGGACCUCAACAUUACUGAAGCAGCGUGGGAUCAUCUCGACAGAGAACAGAACAAAAGUCAAUCAUGAAUGUCCUUCAAGAAGCCUGGAGAACUAUUACUAAAGACAACUUAAAGAAAUGACAAGAAAGCUUGUCAACAGAGUUCAGGCUGUGUUGAAAAACAAGGGCUGUCACACCAAACUAGAAAAGUAUAUAAAGAAAUGAGGGGCGGCUCAAAACCUUUGCACAUUACUGUACAGUUUUAGACAUUUUUUUCCUGUGAUGUCAUUGACGGCAGAUAUUCCUGUUCUGUUCAAACCUUCCAUUUGCAAAAAGCAUCCAAUCAGAAGAAAAUGGGCUUAAAGAAGAAAGGAGCUAAAACAGCUGGCUUCAAACUGCAGAGUCCAAAUAAAAUAUGUACUUUUAAAUGAGCAUAAUAGGUCCACUUUUUGAGUAUCUGAGCUACAGAUACAGGAUUUUUUUUUUUCAGAACUGGAGAUAUGGGCUUGGUUGUGUUUUUGCUACAGAUUUCUGGUGACUGAUUGUAGUGACAACAUCGUGAAGCAAGUUGGAAAACUGCUCUGUAAUCUCAUUUUCAGUGCCAAAAUGAUGAACUUUUUUUCCCCUUAAACUUACUUUACAUUCCUAAAUACCAAAAAAGCAGACGUGGAGGUUAACAGAUGGCUUUUUUCCCCCCAGAAUAAAUGUUAUGUGUUUGCAAUGUGCCUUAGAUGAUAUGGCUAAAGGUUAUGGAUCAUAUCUAUACUAUUUAUUGAACAAGAUGUUUAUUUAUUUUUCUCCAGUGUGAAAAUACUGUGUUGUAACUUGAGAGAGAAUAAAUACUAGCUUUUGUA